UAUAUAGAAAACAAAAGCAAGCCUAACCAAGCAUCAAACGACACCUCUCCCUCCCUCCUCCACUCCAUCUCUUCCUCACAAUCAGCAAUGGAUUCUCAAACCCUCGCCAGCGAUUUAUCGAAGGGCCGGCCCGUCGGCGGCACCGAGUUCAGCUGGUGCCAGGCCGUCCCGGGCGGCACCGGCAUCACCGUUCUCGCCAUCCUCCUUUCCCGCCCGGUCUCUCUCCCCGCCCUCCAAUCCGCUCUCCAGUCUCUCCAAACCUUCCACCCCAUCCUCUCCGCCGUCCUCGCCGCCGCCGACACCCCCAGCCCCCACCUCUCCAUCCCCUCCCCUCCUCCUCCCCUCCUCCUCCACCGCCUCCCCGCCGCCAACCUGCUCGCGGCCGUCCCCUCCGCCUUCCACCUCCACUCCCUCCUCGAGCACGAGCUGAACCAGAACCCCUGGUCCGAGCCGGCAAACGAAACCACGGUCUUCUUCGCCACCCUCUACGAGCUGCCGGAACCGGGCCGGUCGGUCCUCUCGCUCCGGUUCCACACCGCGGUCUGCGACCGGACCGCGGCUGUGGCGCUCCUGAAGGAACUUUUGGACCGGAUGGGUGGAGAUUCUGGGAAUAGUGGAAAGGGGCAAGCGGAGGGGGUCAUGCUGGGAAUAGAGGAUUUGAUUCCGAAAAGGGACGCGUGGAAGCCGUUCUGGGCGCGGGGGAAGGACCUGGUCGGGUACUCGGUGAACGGUCUGAGGGCUUCGAACCUCCGGUUCGAUGACGCCGGUUCGGACCGUGCUUCGCGAGUGGUGAGGCUGGUGAUGAGCGUGGAGGAGACCCGGGGACUCCUCAUGGCAUGCAAGGCAAGAGAAGUUAAGCUCUGUGCAGCCAUGUCAGCUGCAGCACUGGUUGCUGCACAUUCUUCGCAGCAUUUUCAAACCAAUCAGCAGAAGCCUUACUUGGUUGGAACCCUCAUCGAUAGCCGAAAGUAUCUGGAACCUGUUCUACAUGAUAACAAUAUUGGAUUUUACCAUUCUGGCAUUAUUAAUAUGCAUGGCGUCCAUGGAGAAGAAGAUCUGUGGGAGUUGGCAAACAGAUGCCAAAGUGCCUAUUCUGAUGCCAUGAAGAACAAGAAGCACCUAACCGACAUUGGCGAGCUCAACUUCCUCAUGUGCAAGGCCAUCGAAAACCCCCACCUCACUCCUGCCUCAUCCCUUCGCACUGCGCUCAUCACCGUCUUUGAUGAGCCUGUGAUAUCUGAAUCAUCCAAGCAGGAACAGUAUCUUGGAGUGGAGGACUAUGUUGGAUGCUCUUCGGUCCAUGGGGUUGGCCCAUCGAUCGCCUUUUUUGACACAAUCCGAGAUGGCCAGCUGGAUUGUGCUUGUGUCUUCCCUUCUCCCCUUCAUUCAAGGAAGCAAAUUCAGGAACUAGUGGAACACAUGAAGAGAAUUUUAAUAGAAGGGGGUCAUCUGAAAGAGGGAGAGUUGAAGUAGCCUUAAAGAGAGCUAAGUAUAAUGUGUUGUAAUAAUGAAAUAAUAUCCUUUUCUAUUGACUAAGGUUCUGUGACAAACAAGUUAUUGCAAUCUAAAGUUUGCAAGAAGAAAAUCUAUGUAGUUUGUAGCACUUCCACAUCAAGAUAAACUCUGGAAUAAAUGGCUCAUUGCAGAGGGAGAUGAAUUUGGUCUCUUGUUACAACAAGUAUU